UGAUAUCGAUUUUUUGGAAGACCUCUCAGCGUCGCGCAAAUAUUUUCAAAGCACAAAUUUAUAGGUUUUAGGUUACGGCGAGUCUGAAACUUUGCUUUAAAACAAUUGCAAACUUUUUCUAGGGGGUUUUUGCAGCCUGGGUCUCUGGAAAUCCCCUGGAAAACCCCUGAAAAACCUUCCAAGACUCACCUUUGCCACACUGCUGGAAAUACUAUAUGCGAAAACCUAUAAAAAUGUGCUUUUGGAUUCAAAAAAACUAUGUCGGCAAAAAAUGCCGCCUGUUCUAUGAGGAAAUGCCCACUGUGCAAGAGUCGAAAACGACUAAAUGGAUAACAACAACAACAUAUCUUCUGUAUGUCAAAUUAAAAUAAUGAGUAGCAGUUUUAAGGAGUAUUUUGUUUCUUUGGAAGAAAAACGGGAAUAAGAUUACAUACAGAAAUUUUCUUAACAUUUUCUGUGUCUCAUUUUGGUAGAUUCGAAUUGAUAUUUGUACCAUUUCGAACCCAGGUCCACCUGCUUCACCGUUAAACAGCGCACCAAGGAAAGGCUUUGUUGAUAAGCCGGUAUCCACAGAUGUAAUCACCAAAGGCGGUGCUAACUCGGCUACGAAUACACAAGUUAUGGGCAAAGGUGGUGUUAAUUCUGCAAGAGGAUCACAGGCCAUGGGCUCUCAGCCUCCAAAACAGCCACAACGAGAUCGCAGUAGCAGUCCGGUAAGUCAAGUUAGCAAUAUAUGUUGA